AUGGUCAAGAACAUGCAGGGACUGUCCCGCAAGACGUCAACACAAUCUUUUGAUCACCCAAUGAACUCGCCGCCGCCGCUAUUUGAAAUGCCUCCCAACUUCAGAGAGAGGAUCGAGGCCGAGAUCAACAGAGCUUCCUACUCAGACUAUCGCACACAACUGGAGCUCCUGCACGAGCACAACAAGCAACGCCUCGCCAUCGAACAACUACAGCUUGACAAGAUGCUGCAAUCUGCCACUUUACACGCCCAAUCCUCCUCCUACCGACCUGUGCCCGAGACACCCGCCCCCAUCUUCGCCACAUCACAGAAUGCCGAGUCCUACGCCAAGCCAUUCUGCGACUUCUUGACCGACAACCCCACUGUCUUCCACGCCGUCGACAGCAUGGCUCAGGAUCUCAAGCACUACGGCUUCACCAAGCUUAGUGAGAGAGACUCGUGGCGUAUUGAGCCUGGUGGCAAGUACUUUGUCGAGCGUAACGGCAGCAGUCUGAUUGCUUUCGUUGUCGGUGACGACUACAAGUCCGGCAAUGGUGCCGCUGUGCUCGCUGGUCACGUCGACGCUCUCACCGCCAAGCUGAAGCCUGUCAGCAAGAUUCCCAAUAAGGCUGGUUACGUCGAGCUUGGUGUCGCUCCCUACGCAGGUGGUCUCGGCCCUACCUGGUGGGACCGCGACUUGAGUAUUGGUGGCCGCGUUCUGGUCAAGGAAGGAAACAAGAUUGUCACAAAGUUGGUCAAGCUCGGCUGGCCAAUUGCUAAGAUCCCCACACUGGCACCUCACUUUGGCACCCCUGCCAACGGCCCGUUCAACCUCGAGACACAGGUUGUUCCCAUCAUUGGUCUCGAGUCAUCGGCGAAGAACCAGAUUGAGCCUCAGGCCAAGACUGGCACCUUCGCUGCUACUCAGCCCCCUCGUCUCGUCCGCGCCAUUGCCAGGGAGUUGGGCCUCAGUGAUGGCUCUAGCAUCGUCAACUGGGAGCUCGAGUUGUAUGAUAUCCAGCCUGCCACUCUUGCUGGUCUUGACAAGGAGUUCAUCACCGCCGGCCGCAUCGACGACAAGCUGUGCAGUUGGGCCGCACUCGAGGCUCUGAAGCAGAGCGCUCACAACGGCACCUCUGGUUCUGGCAUCAUCAAGAUGGUCGGUCUCUUCGACGAUGAGGAGAUUGGCAGCGGACUUCGUCAGGGAGCCCGUGGAAACUUCCUGCCUACUGUUGUGGAGCGCGCUGUCGGCAGUCUUGCAGGUCAACACCCUGGAUCAGACCUCAUCGGCCGGACAUAUGCAAACUCUUUCCUCGUCUCCUCCGACGUCACUCAUGCCGUCAACCCCAACUUCGAGUCCGUCUACCUCGCCAACCACGCCCCUCAACUCAACGUUGGUGUCUCGGUUUCUGCAGACAGCAAUGGUCACAUGACCACUGACGCUGCAUCUACUGCCAUCUUCACUCGUUGCGCAGAAAAGGUCGGCGCCACCCUCCAGGUCUUCCAGAUCAGAAACGACUCAAGAUCGGGUGGCACUGUUGGUCCUAUGCUCAGUUGCGCUACCGGCAUGCGUGCCAUUGAUGCAGGUAUUCCGCAGUUGAGCAUGCACAGUAUUCGCGCUACUACAGGUACCUCAGAUCCUGGCCUUGGAGUCCAGAUGUUCCAAGGUUUCCUUGAUGGUUUCGAAUCUGUCGAUGCCGAGUUUAGAGAUUAG